UUCAGUGCUGUUCUGAGGACCAGUGAGGAAAACUGGUCUAUAUUCUUAUACCUCUGAUUACUCUAUUGUGUCAUGGAACACCAUGAAGCAUCUCAGUCUGGUUCCAAAGCAGUAACAUUUCAGCAGAAAUCGAUAUAUUUUUUGAGAUUUUUGUUAAAAGCAGAAAAGUCCUUUUAAUUGGGCUUAUGCAAUCAGAGCAUACAAUGAAUUUAAGGAAAGCUUCAUAACAUAUGGCAUUCUGAUGUCUUUGAAGUGUGGUUUGGUGGGACCGGCAGUGAACACGAAGAGGAGGUAUGAUUUAGAAGAAAGCUGUUGGGGGUGUUGUGUUGCAAAUAAAAUCUAAGUAGGCACUUUGCAAUUCACUGUUCUGUUUCUUUUCUUUUCUUUCUUUUUUUCUUUUUUUCUGGUGUUUUACUGCUGCCUUUCAUUCCCAAACACUAUAAAUGUUCCUUGCUAGUUUCCAUUCUAAAUUCAAUCUCCACCGUGUUCUCUCCAAGAAUCUGACACUUCUUUCUCAGGGUGUCCUGAAAAGAAGGAAUGUCACAGCUUAGAUAAAUAAGGGGGUGGGAGAGUGGUCUGUCUGAGGGAAUGUGUCGCAGACUCCACCAUCUCAUCCCUAAAUGGCAGCAUUUGGAUUAAAUGACCUCUAAAUUCUUCCAGACCUGUAAAUCUACCAUCCUACAGGGAUUAUAUUUGACUCUGAUUCGAACUCAUCAAAUCUGAUACAUGUUCAUGUCCAAUUGCUUAUUAAAGUAUUCCUCUCCUGGCAGUGAUACAGACUGAAAAGGGUAGGUGUUUUUCGGGGCUUUCAUGCUGUUAUUCUGUUUUUACAGUUGGCUGACCGCCAGUCUAAGAGGACUUGUCAGAGCUGUCAUUCCAGGCCUGGGGUCAAGGCCUAAACUGCUCAGGUGGGAAGACAGGAGGCAGCAAGGCGUCCACGCAGACAGCAGCCCACAGAUCUGCAGUCACAGUGAUGCCCUCGGUUUGGGGCUAUCAAGCCCCUGCUUUUCAAAGCGAAGUCUCAGGGCCAGCAACAAAUGCGUCAUCUCACAGUUUGUUAGAGUAUCGGGCUCCUCCCCAGACCUGCAGGACCAGAGUCUGCGUAUUUAGGAGAUUUCCGGGCGUUUUGUGGGCACAGCAAAAGUUUGAGAAACCCUUAGUUAGACCUUUAGACCACCCUUACCUUGAGCUUCAGUGUGACACGAGCCCUGUAUUAGCUGAGCGUCGGCUGUCCCACUGCAGGAGCGCGCGGAGCCUAGGCACUCCUGGCCACUCAACAUCCGCGGGGAGCCGGAUGCGAGGCGCCGCGACUCCCUCUGCAGCCCCGCUGCAGCCCGGCGGCUCUUCCCCGGGAUCCGGCAGCGCCAACUCCCCGCCCAAGGCCCCCAGACCCCGCCGCCAUUCCCCGUGCGCCGCGAGGGCGCGAGAGAAAGCCGCCCCGGCGCCCGCCCCGCCCGCGGCUCCGCGCGCAGCGCGCCUACCUCUCGGGUCCCCGCGCUGUCUCCUCGCGGCCAUGGGGCGCCGGGAGCUCCCUCUGCUCCUGCCGACGCUGCUGGCUGUGCUGGGCGGCCUCGAGGGCUCAGCGGCCGAUGAAAUACAGUGUAAUGUGACGAGGCAAGCUGCAUGUGGUGGGGGAUGCAUUCCUGUGGCCUGGCUCUGCAACGGGGAGCAGGAGUGCCUGGAUGGGACGGAUGAGCAGUGUGAAGAAAUAUGUCGUGGACACCCACAGGCCUGGCAGUGUGAUGAUGGAAAAUGUAUUUCUAUUAGCUGGCUUUGUGAUGGUGUUGGUGACUGCUUAGAUGGCUCCGAUGAGGUUAACUGUGAGAGACUGACAGCACGUCCGGACCAAAAAAUCCAGUGCCCAGGAGAUUCUCUGUGUCGCGAUGCUUGGGAACUCUGUGAUGCCGAUAAGGGCUGUGAAGGUGGGCUGGACGAAGCACGCGGCCCCCGGACCGGCUGCAUGGCUGGGCAGUGGCAGUGCAGGAACGGCUUGUGUAUCGUCCACCACUGGAGGUGCGAUGGCCUCAACCACUGCGGGGACUCCUCAGAUGAGGAGGUCUGUGGGCCCUGUCCAGAAGGCAUGGUUAGAUGUGAUGAGGGGAAAUGCAUCCUAGAAUCCCUGAUGUGUGAUGGGGAAGCAGACUGUACCGACGGUACCGAUGAACAUGCCACAUGUGGUAAGAACUGCUCUCUGGCCAACGGGGGCUGUGAGGGGCCCUGCAGUGACACAGACUGGGGUGUUCAGUGCUCGUGUGGAGCUGGAUGGCUAUUACAGCCGGACGGUCAGAGCUGUGGAGAUGUGGAUGAGUGUUCUACAGCAUACAGCCCAUGUGGCCAGCUGUGCAUUAAUACACCAGGCUCUUAUUCCUGUGAGUGUAUUCGAGGUUACCAGCUCUACAAUGGCACCGACUGUCGAGUGACAGAUGAUGCUGUUAAAAUUCUUACCGCAGCCAAUGGAGAACUUGGUGUCUUGGAUCAAAGAACAGGCAUCUAUGAGACUCUGAUACCUAUAAAAUCAAGGCCUACUUCUGUUGCAUAUGAUCUUGAGAGAAGCAUGUACUUCUGGGUGGAUGAAGUCUUAAAUGUGUUUGUUCUUGGAAAGCCAAACUUUGUUCCUCUCUAUCCAGAAUUUAAAGCAGUGAACAGUAUCUCUUUGGACUGGUUCACGGGACAGUUGUAUUGGGCUAGCAGCUUUGCAAGGGUCGUCUGUGCUGGUUUAAGUGAUGGCAGAGGCUACGUCAAAAUCUUGGAAAAGGAUCUUGUGCCAGAACAGCUAAUAGUGUUUCCUGCAAAGAAGUAUUUGUAUUGGGUGAAUCGAGGUGAGAAAGGCAUGAGGACAAUUGAAACUGCAGGGAUGGAUGGCUCUGACAGGAAGGUGCUGACGGUUGUAAACAUGGAGGAACCUGCAGGACUGACGCUGGACCAUGUGACCGGCAGGCUCUACUGGAUCAGUGAAUAUAAGGAGUCCAUAGAGACGGUAAAUGUGGACGGCAGUGGGAGGCACACCUUUCCUGAGAUCUUCUUGGAAGAUGAAGUUCCAGUAGGACUCGCCGUAUUUGAGAACUCCUUCUUCUGGGCAAAUAAACUACAGCUGCUUCGUACUUCACCGCACACCCCAAAGGAGAGAGUGGUGCUACUAAACACUUCUGUAUCUGCCUUCUCUGUGCUCCACAAGUCCCAGCAGCCUAAGAGCAGAUACCCAGCAUUUGUUCCAGGAUCUUGCAGCCACUUAUGUCUCCUGUCCCCUGUCCAUCCCAAGGGCUAUAAGUGUGUUUGUCCAGAGGGGAUGUUUCUUUUACCUUCUGGUACAUGUAGCAAAUUAAAACUAGUGUUUUCCUCUGGCAAGCGUCUCUACUUGUUGAAGGUUGGUUUUAUGGGAACUUCUGUAGAGAGAACUGUAAUUCAGGAGCAUCCUAGGAACAUCUAUUUACUGGAUAUUGACUGGAAAAGAAACCUGAUCUACUGGACAGAUACCCAGGGGCAUCUGUUCCACUCAACUGGCUAUUCAGGGGAAAAGCAAGAGAUUAGGACAGAGCGUACAGUCUGUUCAGCUAGUGUGGACAUACUGACUGGGAACUUGUACUGGCUGCCCUGUGACAGAAGUGCUGUUCAGAAGACUAGAAUCACUGGCCCAGACACACGUACCCUGUACAGAACAGGCAGUGUUAUCCUGCAUCUUCUUCUCGACUGGCCAAAGAGGCUGCUGUACUGGCUGGAAAGUGGGGAACACUUGCAAAGUAUGACCCUUGAUGGCAAAGGCAGACAGGAAAUCUGGAGAGGCACCUGGACGGCAGACACCCAUGUGGCCCUAGACCUCGGCUCAUCUAGCAUCCUCUGGGCCACCAAAGGGUCAGGGUUGCAAAGUCUGAGUCUCCUAAAAAACAGAACAUACACUUUGAACAAGACCUGGAGUGACGGGAUGAUAGCGGCCCACGAGCCCUACCUGGUGACCCUGAACAGAACGGCUCUGGUGCUGUGGAACAGGAGGAUGCCAGAGCCCUUCUUGGUGUUGAAAGAGCCGUACAUACAGAGAAUGAUCAUCCUAGCAGAGAACCUGGAGGUUCCAGAUCCUGAGGUAGAAGGAGCCGCCACAUCCACCCCUCGUCCUCCUCCUCCGCCACCCCCUCUCCUCUGCACCCGAUCUUCUGUCCCCUGUCGCAACGGGCAGGAGUGCAUUUCCCGGGAGAACCUCUGUGAUGGCAAGCGGGACUGCAAGGAUGGCUCGGAUGAAGAGAACUGUUCCCAGUUCUGCAACAGACCAGGGGUCUUCCAGUGUCUGGAUGGAAACAAGUGCAUUGAGGAGAAGUACCACUGUGAUGGGGCUCAGCAGUGCUUGGAUGGGUCCGAUGAGUUGGACUGCUGGAAGCCCAUCGAAGAUUGUUCUCUGCGUUGUGACAAGACCCGCUGUAUCCCCAAGAGCUGGCUGUGUGAUGGCAACCCAGACUGUUCUGACCAAAAAGACGAGCAAGGCUGUAUUUAUGAAAAAUGCAGCACGUCUGAAUUUAAAUGUCAGAACGGCCAAUGCGUGUCUUCCUCCUUGCGUUGCGAUGGGAACCGGGACUGCCUGGACCACUCAGAUGAAGAGGGCUGUCCUGCCUGGCCCCUGACAUGCCUGUCAGGGGAGGUGAAGUGCCCGAGGAGUGGAGAGUGUGUGUUGGCAGAAUGGAUAUGUGACCAUGACUUAGACUGCAAAGACGGAACCGAUGAGAAGGACUGUGACCCUGAGGAGCUUCGCUGUGGCUCGAGGCAGUGGUCCUGUGCCAGUGGAGACCAGUGUGUGCCUGAGCCCUGGCGCUGUGAUGGGCAGAGUGACUGCAGGGACGGUAGUGACGAGGCUGGAUGCCCCCCUGGAAAGUGCCAGAGUUCUGAGUUCCAGUGCCGCUCCUCCGCCUGCCUGGACCUCAGUCUGGUGUGCGAUGGGAAGGAGGACUGUGCCGACGGCUCCGAUGAAGGCGGGAGGUGCUCAUCGUCGGCAUGUGGCCAAGGGCAAUGUUUCCACACCUGCUACCCGUCGCCCCGUGGACCCGUAUGUGCUUGUGAGCAAGGCUUUGAGCUGAAAAGCAGUGGCCAAAUCUGCGAGGAUGUGGAUGAAUGCCGGAAGUUGGGUGGUCAGCCUUGCAGUCAGACGUGUAUCAAUACCCAGGGCUCCUACAGCUGUACCUGCCAUCCUGGCUACUUGCUGGAGCCUGAUGGCCAUACCUGUAAAGCAACAGGUACUGAACCAAUCCUGCUCGUGGCAAUUCAGUUUAAACUACUCCUCUAUGGAAUGAGGAGCUUGAAAGAAGAUAUUCUCGCAACUACAGACAAGAACCUAAUUAUUUUCUCUAUCGACUAUGACUUAGUGGAUCAGAAAGUCUUCUGGACUGAUCUUGGUGCAGAAAGUAUCCAGUGGAUAAGCAUGGAUACGAAGAGGAAAGGGACGGUGGUGAAAGGGAUAAAGUCAGACUGUAUAGCGGUUGACUGGAUUGGGAGGAAUCUCUACUGGACGGACAAGGCAGCUGGUCAGAUUUCGGCAAUUCAACUGACUGCUGUUUGGAGAGGAAAAUCUGAGUACACAAUCGUGCUGGACGAUAACUUAAACCAACCACGGUCCCUAGCUUUAGAUCCCCUAAAUGGGUUAAUGUACUGGUCUGAAAUUGGAGGAGAACCUCAAAUAGAACAAGCUGGAAUGGAUGGUGACAGCAGAAAAAUACUCAUCAACCAAGGUCUUGGCUGGCCAACUAGCAUAGCUCUUGACCAGUUGAGUGGGAAGCUAUUCUGGUCUGAUGACAAAUUUCACUGUAUUGGCUCUGCCAAUCUCGAUGGCACUGGUAUUAGUAUGCUGCAGCUAACACAAGUCAAGAGCCCCUUUUCGGUAGCUGUGUUUGAAGAUGAAGUCUUCUGGUCUGAAAUGAAGACACGAACAGUACAGCGCAUGAAAAAGGCAACAGGCAAGAACAGGGCCGUCCUCAUCAAGCGUUUUGAACAGCCUUACGGACUUAAGGUAAUACACCAAGUGCUACAGCCCAGGUCUUCUAAUCCUUGUCUGGACACGCGAUGUUCUCACUUGUGCCUUCUGAGCCUGAGAUCCAAGGGAAGCUGUCGUUGCCCAGUUGGACUCUUGCUUGCAGACGAUGGCGUCACCUGUGUUCCACUCAAGGAGUCCGCAUUUCUGUUCCUCACGCUGCCCACAGUUAUCAUGCAGAUUUAUCUGAGAAAUCUAGAAGCUUUACGAGAACAAGCAACUUUCCCAGAACAUAGGAUUCUUCCCUUUACCAAUGUGAACCAGCUUGCAUCGAUGGACUACCUUGUGCAGGAGAAGAUGCUUUACCUUUCAGAGUGGAAUAAGGGUGAUAUCUGGCUAUUGAGGCUGAAAGAAUCUGGAAAGCUCUCUUGGAGGAAAAUCAUAUCUGUGGAGGGGACAGUGAUUGACCUUGCUGUGGACUGGUUGAGUGGAAACAUAUACUGGAUUGACAGUGAGAAUCCUCACAUCAAUGUAGCUUCCUCCAAGGGCCAGUACUCCGUGGUCUUGUUCAGCGACAGUCUUUACCGCCCAGCCUCUGUCAUGCUCCAUCCACCGACUGCAACCUUGUGCUUUGUGGACCUGGGUUCCCAGGAUGACGGCAGGCAUGGCUCCAGCAUUGAAUGUGCCUCCAUGGAUGGCAGCAGGAGGAAGGUGCUAUGGCAAAAAUCCCAGGUCCCUGUGGGCUUGACCUUUUCAGAUGCAGGGACCCGAGUGUACUGGGCUGAUCCUGGGAGAGGACUCAUAGAAAGUAUUCAACCAGAUGGCUCUAGAUACAGAGUAGACCGCAGAGGAAUUCAGGGCCUUCACCUCUUUACGUAUGGCCAAGGCAUGAUGUUCUGGACAACAGUUGAUGAUGCCCAAAUCAAUAAAGUUUGGUACAGCAACACAGAACUUUCAGAAAAUCGGUGGUUCCAAGUAGACCAGAAGAUUAUGGAUUUAAAAGUUUAUAGCAAACUUGGUCAACAGGGUAGUAACAGUUGUUCAAAAGACAAUGGAGGAUGCAGCCAUAUCUGUUUACCAAACCCUGAAGGACAGACUUGUAAAUGUCCCAGUGGGUACUACUUGGCUGACAUACAUAAAUGUGUUGAAGCUGUCCAAUGCUCUGCGUCAUCACAAUCCUGUAAGGAUGGUCAGAAAUGCAUUUCCGUGGAGCAAGUUUGUGAUGGUCAAGCUGACUGUCUGGAUGGAUCUGAUGAAAUGGACUGUACCUAUCCAGAUAAAACUCAUUUGACACCUAAAAUGUCAGAGGCUGGUGAAGGACUGACACCAAAAGCUGCCCAGCCUGUCCAGGGUACCAAGUUCACCAGAGCUAGAUCUCCAGGUCCAGAAGGGAUGAAUCAUCCUGCUAGGAAAACACUAAUACCUCUCACUCCUACUCAAGAGAGCAAGACUUCAGAAACCAAGGGAGGAGGAGAGUCUGUUCAGCUCAAGGACUCACAGAAGGCAAAACAUCUGCCCUGUAGCAGCGAUUUCUGUAAUGGGAGGGGAGCCUGUACUAUGGAAGGAGAACUGAGGAAAUGCAGCUGUCUGAUGGAAUAUGGUGGAGAGUUCUGUGAAGAAGCAGCACGCAGAUCCACCCCUGGCUACAUGGCCCUCAGCUUAACCAUAGCCCUACUGGUUGUUCUCAUGGUUCUGGGAGCAUUUGUAUAUUUCAGAAGAGACCAUGAAUUAAAACGAAACAGUAGAGCAUCAUCAAGAAAUUUGACUCGCCAUAAAGAAAAUGAUCAAGAAGAGGAGAAUCUGAUGAACAGUGAGAUUUUUGUCAAUGAAGCUUAUGAUGAACAGGUAUGCCUGGGAAGUGUCACUGAGAAAAAGAGGGGGUGAGGUAUAGCUACAGAAUACCCCUUCUGGAAAAUCCUAGCAGAGUGAACAUUGUUACUGGCAAAUGAUGCUACUAUGUAGAUAAAAUUAAUGCUCAGUAACUUUUUUUGCUUUCCAACUCUGUUCAAUCUUUAGUUGUUUAAACCAAAGUGUAACAGACCUGAAAUAAUAAUUAAGAAAUUCAGCUUUUGGUGGUCUUCCAAAAGGAGCCCAAUCCUAUUGUGGAAUGGAUUAAGAUGUAAUUAGUUAGAAUUACCGCUAAAACUUAUGCUCCCCCCAACCCUGGAUCUCUGUGAACUUCUGCAUAGCUCAACCAUUUCUGUGUUUUUGCUUUGUUUUAAUGUAAUGCAUAUUCUCUAAUUUCAAGUCUC